GCAGCGGCGACGGCGGCAGCAGCGGCGGCGGCAGCCCCGGCCGAGGUGCGCGCUGGGGGGGAGGGGGGGCCUGAGAGGAGCAUGAAUGGAGCAAAAUGGCGGAUCAUGUGCAGAGCCUGGCCCAACUAGAGAAUCUGUGCAAACAGUUAUAUGAAACAACAGAUACAACCACUCGACUGCAGGCAGAGAAAGCCUUGGUUGAAUUCACCAACAGCCCUGAUUGCCUGAGCAAGUGCCAGCUGCUCCUCGAGAGAGGAAGUUCGUCCUACUCCCAGUUGCUGGCAGCUACAUGCCUUACCAAGCUUGUGUCUCGAACAAACAACCCCCUACCGUUGGAACAGCGGAUAGAUAUCCGGAACUAUGUGCUCAACUACCUUGCCACUCGGCCGAAGCUGGCGACGUUCGUCACCCAAGCUCUCAUCCAGCUCUAUGCCCGCAUCACCAAGCUGGGCUGGUUUGACUGCCAGAAGGAUGACUAUGUCUUCAGGAAUGCCAUCACCGACGUCACACGGUUUCUACAGGACAGUGUUGAAUACUGCAUCAUUGGUGUCACAAUUUUAUCUCAGCUCACCAAUGAAAUUAAUCAAGUAAGUGCUACAGCCUUCUUUAUUGAAGCAGACACCACCCAUCCUUUAACCAAACACAGAAAAAUAGCCUCUUCUUUCCGAGACUCAUCACUGUUUGAUAUCUUCACACUUUCCUGCAAUUUACUAAAACAGGCAUCAGGAAAGAAUCUGAACUUGAAUGAUGAAAGUCAGCAUGGCUUGCUAAUGCAACUGCUCAAACUUACCCACAACUGUCUGAACUUUGAUUUUAUCGGCACAUCUACUGAUGAAUCCUCAGACGACCUGUGUACAGUUCAGAUCCCCACCAGCUGGAGAUCAGCAUUCUUAGAUUCUUCGACUCUGCAGCUGUUUUUUGACCUGUAUCAUUCCAUUCCUCCCUCAUUCUCACCUUUGGUGUUGUCCUGCUUAGUACAGAUCGCCUCAGUCCGGAGAUCCCUAUUUAACAAUGCUGAGAGGGCCAAGUUUCUCUCUCAUCUUGUUGAUGGUGUUAAACGAAUACUGGAAAAUCCACAGAGUUUAUCAGACCCAAACAAUUACCAUGAGUUCUGCAGACUACUGGCUCGGUUAAAGAGUAACUACCAACUGGGAGAACUGGUAAAAGUGGAAAACUACCCUGAUGUUAUUCGGCUGAUAGCCAACUUCACAGUGACCAGCCUACAGCACUGGGAAUUCGCCCCAAAUAGUGUGCACUAUCUCCUGAGCCUGUGGCAGCGGCUGGCAGCCUCUGUACCCUAUGUCAAAGCCACAGAGCCCCAUAUGCUGGAAACAUAUACUCCUGAGGUCACCAAAGCCUAUAUCACAUCCCGUUUGGAAUCUGUGCACAUCAUUCUGAGGGACGGCCUGGAAGAUCCCCUGGAGGACACAGGUCUGGUCCAGCAACAGUUGGACCAGCUGUCCACCAUCGGGCGCUGUGAGUAUGAGAAGACAUGCGCGCUCCUUGUGCAGCUGUUUGACCAGUCGGCCCAGUCCUACCAAGAGCUGCUGCAGAGUGCCAGCGCCAGCCCAAUGGACAUCGCAGUGCAGGAGGGACGUCUGACAUGGCUGGUCUAUAUCAUUGGAGCUGUUAUUGGUGGCCGAGUUUCUUUCGCCAGCACUGAUGAGCAAGACGCAAUGGAUGGUGAGCUUGUCUGUCGGGUGCUCCAGCUUAUGAACCUGACAGAUUCCCGCUUGGCUCAGGCUGGUAAUGAGAAGCUCGAAUUGGCCAUGCUGAGUUUUUUUGAGCAGUUUCGUAAGAUCUACAUUGGGGACCAGGUGCAGAAAUCCUCAAAGCUGUACCGCCGACUCUCAGAGGUUCUGGGAUUGAACGACGAGACGAUGGUGCUGAGUGUCUUCAUAGGAAAAGUCAUCACCAACUUGAAGUACUGGGGUCGUUGUGAACCAAUCACCUCCAAGACACUGCAGCUUCUCAAUGACCUCUCCAUUGGAUACAGUAGCGUAAGGAAACUAGUGAAGCUUAGCGCUGUACAGUUCAUGCUGAACAAUCACACGAGCGAGCACUUUUCAUUUUUGGGUAUUAACAAUCAGUCCAACCUGACAGACAUGCGGUGUCGAACUACCUUCUACACAGCACUUGGGCGUCUCCUCAUGGUGGAUUUAGGAGAGGAUGAAGAUCAGUAUGAACAAUUCAUGCUUCCUCUAACAGCGGCGUUUGAGGCUGUGGCCCAGAUGUUCAGCACGAACAGCUUCAAUGAGCAAGAGGCAAAGAGAACUCUUGUUGGCCUAGUGAGAGACCUGAGAGGGAUAGCCUUUGCCUUCAAUGCCAAGACCAGUUUUAUGAUGCUCUUCGAAUGGAUAUACCCCUCCUACAUGCCAAUUCUCCAGCGGGCAAUUGAGCUCUGGUACCAUGACCCAGCCUGUACCACCCCUGUGCUCAAGCUGAUGGCUGAAUUAGUUCAUAACAGAUCUCAGCGACUCCAAUUUGAUGUUUCAUCUCCCAAUGGUAUCUUACUUUUCCGAGAAACCAGCAAGAUGAUAACAAUGUAUGGCAAUCGUAUCCUGACACUGGGAGAGAUGCCAAAGGAUCAGGUCUACGCUUUGAAGCUCAAGGGCAUCUCCAUCUGCUUCUCCAUGCUAAAGGCUGCCCUCAGUGGGAGUUACGUCAAUUUUGGCGUCUUCCGUCUCUAUGGCGAUGAUGCCUUGGAAAAUGCCCUACAGACCUUCAUCAAACUGCUCCUCUCUAUUCCUCACAGUGACCUCCUGGAUUACCCCAAGCUCAGCCAGUCUUACUAUUCACUACUGGAAGUCCUAACCCAGGACCAUAUGAACUUUAUUGCAAGCCUGGAACCUCAUGUCAUCAUGUACAUCCUCUCUUCUAUUUCUGAAGGACUUACUGCACUUGACACCAUGGUGUGCACAGGCUGCUGUUCCUGCCUAGACCACAUUGUGACGUAUCUCUUCAAACAGCUGUCACGGAGCACCAAGAAGAGGACAGCACCCCUGAACCGGGAGAGCGACUGCUUUCUGCACAUCAUGCAGCAGCAUCCAGCGAUGAUCCAGCAGAUGCUGUCCACGGUGCUGAACAUCAUCAUCUUUGAAGACUGUAGGAAUCAGUGGUCUAUGUCUCGACCCCUGCUUGGCUUAAUACUACUCAAUGAAAAGCCAGAAGAAAACAUGUCUUCUCCUGGAACUGGAAUUACAGGUGGUUGUGAGCUACCAUAUGGGUGCUGGGAACUAAACAGAGGUCCUCCAGAAGAACAGCCAGUGCUCUUAAAUGCUGAACCAUCUCUCCAGCUGCCACUCCUCAAGAGAAUGUGUUAUUUUUCUGACCUAAGAAACAGCAUUGUCAAUAGCCAGCCACCAGAGAAACAGCAGGCCAUGCAUCUAUGUUUUGAAAAUUUGAUGGAAGGCAUUGAGCGGAAUCUUCUGACGAAAAACAGAGACAGGUUCACACAGAACCUGUCAGCAUUCCGUCGAGAAGUCAACGACUCAAUGAAGAAUUCCACUUACGGAGUGAAUAGCAACGACAUGAUGAGCUGACAACUCUUGGAUCUACCUUGCAGAGCAGCGUCCCUUUGGUCUGGUCCAGAGGGUGAACAGUUGCGAGGGAGAGAGCCUGGCUGAUCCCGGCUCCUUCCUCCAGGGGUGUGGGGGAAAUGGCAGAGGUCAGCUAGCUAUUUCCCCAGGAAGCACGGGGGUGUGCGUGCACUCACUGAGGGGCAGGGCGCUGCUGGUUCCUGGGGAACUGGGUGGGAAGGGGUGGUGGGAGGAGACAGGCACAAGCAUCUGAGACUCCGGCCCACUCCUGGGGUCACCCAUGCAGGGAGAACCCAGUGUCCUGCCACAACCUGCCUUGUAUAAACAUGUACAUUUUUUCAUAACAUUUUGAACAAGGUUUAUAUUGACUCAAGUUUAAAAACAAAAAGUGUGAUUGAAAAAUUUUUACAGAGUCUAGUGCACCAAUGCUGAUGUGAGGGGUUAUGUGUGGCGAGUGAAGAAAAUGUGUAUUGUGGCCUGAAGCUUUAUUGGACAAGGAUGUGUGAAAGUGCAGAGAUAUAUUUAGUGACACAGUGUAGAGAGGCAAAAAAGGAAAAACUCCAAAUGUAUAUUUUUUCUUAAUGCCCUUUCCCCUCCCACCCCCAAUGAUGUGUUCCUGAUGCUGUAUUAACCCUUGUUAUUAGGAACUCUGAGCCGUGCGGGAGGGAACAUCACCCUCCCCACCCAUGGAUGCUGCCCUGGGUCCUAGCCUCCUGCAGUGACAAAUAACUCCAGCUAAAAGUUUCUGAUGUUCUCAUCUCCAUCCUCUCUCCCAUUUUACUUCCCCUCAUCCUCAGAAAGAUGCCUCUUGCUGUUAAAAGUUGGAUUUAUGUUUUAGGAUUCUUGGUCUCUGUAGGGAGACGACGGAGAAUUGAGCCAUUUGCUCUCUUGUUGAGCAAUUUGCAUGAGUCCACCAGAGGCCUAAUAUGCCUGGCCGUAACUUUUGUCUUCCCCAGCCCUUGAGGCAGUGUGUCUGGAUGUGUGUGUGUGUGUGUGUGUGUGUGUGGAUAUUUAUGUAUGUACCCUGCACUCAUGAAUGUAUGAACUGGAGGAAGUUACUACAGGGGAAGGGUUCUUAAUAACAAGGUCUACCUAGCAUGAAGUAUUUAACAUUCUCCCUUGAAAAAUAUACAUUUUUAUAAAAUAAAAACCAUAAUAAAUGUUUUGAAUAUUAAAAAAGAAAAGUGACCCUCCAGAGGAACAUUGGCUGGAGAGAGCUUUCUGCCUUGUGCUGCCCACAGCUGCUGCAGCUGCCCACGGCUCUAGUCCAGCUCCUACCACGGGACAGUAUCAAUUAGGUUUUAUUUUUAUUUUCCUCAGCCCUCACAAACAAGCUUAUUAAUUUUCCUUCUCCUCUGGCAACUGUGUGGUGAAUCUUUUCUUGCGUGAUCAGGUUGCGGAUAGACUUGUAAGGGUGUUUGCUGCAUACAGUGUAAGCAUUGUGACCGCCAAUAAACUUCGAUGGUUUCUACUGA